AUGGACGUGGACGUGGACGUGGACGUGGACGUGGACGUGGACGUGGACGUGGACAUGGACGUGGACGUGGACGUGGACAUGGACGUGGACGUGGACGUGGACGGACGUGGACAUGGACAUGGACGUGGACGUGGACGUGACGUGGACGUGGACGUGGACGUGGACGUGGACAUGGACGUGGACGUGGACGUGGACGUGGACGUGGACGUGGACGUGGACGUGGACGUGGACGUGGACGUGGACAUGGACGUGGACGUGGACGUGGAGGAGUUGGACGUGGACGUGGACGUGGACGUGGACGUGGACGUGGACGUGGACGUGGACGUGGACGUGGACGUGGACGUGGACGUGGACGUGGACGUGGACAUGGACGUGGACGUGGACGUGGACGUGGACGUGGACGUGGACGUGGACGUGGACGUGGACGUGGACGUGGACGUGGACGUGGACGUGGACGUGGACGUGGACGUGGACGUGGACGUGGACGGGACGUGGACGUGGACGUGGACGUGGACGUGGACGUGGGACGUGGACGUGGACGUGGACGUGGACGACGUGGACGUGGACGUGGACUUGGACGUGGACAUGGACCGUGGACGUGGACGUGGACGUGGACAUGGACGUGGACGUGGACUGGACGUGGACGUGGACGUGGACGUGGACGUGGACGUGGACGUGGACGUGGACGUGGACGUGGACGUGGACGUGGACGUGGACGUGGACAUGGACGUGGACGGACUUGACGUGGACAUGGACGUGGACGUGGACGUGACGUGGACGUGGACAUGGACGUGGACGUGGACGUGGACAUGGACGUGGACAUGGAC